AUGAUUAACAACUUGCUACAGGCACUCGCGCGGUUCCUGGACCGCCCGCUCUUCCCAUGGAAGACGGUGCUGGUUGGCUUCUCUCUAGGUCAAUAUGUCUUUGAGAGCUUCCUUUCGUUACGCCAAUAUCGUGUUCUCCAGCAUACCAAGCCCCCAAAGGUCUUAGAAGGUGAAAUCACAGAGAAAGUGUUUGAGGAUAGUCAGACAUACGGUCGCGCAAAAGCAAAAUUCGGUUUCUUCUCUGGUAUCUAUGGUCAGCUCCAGAACUUGGUUUUCAUCUACUACGACUUCUUGCCGAAAAUAUGGGCAUUGACUGGCGUUUGGCUCGUUCGUUACUUCCCAUCCUGGUCACAGGGUGAAAUUGGACAUACAUUGCUGUUCUUCUUCGCCUUCAACAUUCUGACCACUAUCUUGUCGCUUCCAAUUUCAUACUACAGCACAUUCGUUCUCGAGGAAAAAUUCGGUUUUAACAAACAGACUGUGGGACUAUGGAUUACGGAUAUGUUGAAGGGUCAGGCUCUUGGUCUUGUUCUAGGUGGUCCCAUCAUGGCUGCUGUGCUCAAGAUCAUCCAGAAGACUGGUAACGAAUUCUUCUACUACCUUUGGAUCUUCAGCAUUCUUGUUCAGGUCUUCGCUAUUACGAUCUACCCGAUUGUUAUCUUGCCCAUGUUCAACAAACUCUCGCCUUUAGAGCCUGGCCUCAUCAAGACUGGGGUUGAAGAUCUCGCUCAAAAGCUCAAAUUCCCGUUGCAUGACAUUUACUCUAUUGAUGGCAGUAAGCGAAGCGCCCAUAGCAAUGCCUAUUUCUUUGGAUUCCCCUGGAAGAAGCACAUUGUGAUCUACGACACUCUUAUGGAGAAGAGCGAGCCUGAAGAGGUUGUUGCUGUUCUUAGCCAUGAAUUAGGUCACUGGAAGCUUGGACACACUACCAAGUUGUUUGGAAUUGCUCAGGCCCACAUGCUUUAUAUCUUUGCUUUGUUCACUGCGUUUGUCAACAAUAAAUCCUUAUUCCAAUCAUUCGGUUUCCACAACGAACAGCCUAUCAUGAUUGGCUUCUUGCUCUUUUCAGACGCUUUGGCACCUAUGGAUGCUGUUGUGAAAUUCUUGAUGAACAUUCUCAGCCGCAAGUUUGAAUUUGAAGCGGAUGCCUUUGCAGCCAACCUUGGACAGUCAAAGCUCCUUGCACAAUCGCUUCUCAAGCUCCAAAUCCAAAAUCUCAGCACAAUGGAUGCUGACUGGAUGUACGCUAGUUACCACUAUUCCCACCCCAUUCUCACGGAGCGUUUGGCUGCGCUUGGAUGGAAGGGUAAAGGAGCAGAAAAGGCCGAGGAUAGUGAGAAGCCUGUUAAGGCUGCGGAUAGGGAGUUGUAA